GUUGGAGCGCCAUCUUCUGAUAGUCUCACUGUGUCAGUUACUAAGAGUAAAAUGCCAAGAAACGGUCGAAGAAAACGUUCUCUUAGCUCAGGAGAAGAUAGUCUAGUUUCUUAUUACUCUAAACAUCGAUGCCUAGAAAGAGAAUACAGCCCUGUCUCUGAAACUCGCCAUUUAAAACGUGGCAGUUCACCAAUUCGUAGCCGGGAGCGGAGGCAUAAUCGUCAAUUGACAAGAAAUCGAAGCCGCAGUACCCGACGAAGUGACCGAAAGACAAGAAGACACAAACAUCGUAAUGAUUUUCCCGAUAGUCACGCGGUAAGAAGCCACAUUAGUGUUUUUGUUUUUUGUGGUAUAGUCAAUCGGAGGGUGAAGUUGUACUACUAAAGUGUUCAAACAGUCCUCAUCUUAAUCAAACAAUCAGCUCCUAGUGAAAAUUGCCAUUCCGCUUCAAGACUCUGGAAUUAUUUGGAGAUCGGAUACUUGUUACUUGUGACUAACUAAUUAUAUUCGUUCGAAAAAUUAUGGCUUUGCUGCAUCUAAUCGAAAGUACAUGAUUUGUUAUAAAGACUAUUUUCAAUGAAUGGUCACCAUCUUGUAGAUUUCAAUUGUUUUGAAUUCUACACACGCGACAUGUGCUCAGAGUCGAGCGACAAACAGCGAAUGGUGGUGUGACGAGUUUCACGUUCAAUUUGCUGCCUUUCAUCCGAAUUUAUGAGCCUGUCCUAAAUUAAUUAAUUCGAUAAUAAGCACUUUUUUAAGGAAUCUACCCAUCUGCGAAUGAUUAAAUAUUCACUCUUAAUGGUGGAAAUGAGCUUUUCAAAGCCAUCCAAAGAUUGUGACUGAAAAUAAUCUGCACAUCACUGGGGCAACAGUGGCAUGUGAUAAUAUAGCUCUAUUACAUACCCUAUCCAUAUAUUCAUGGCUAUCUCAUUCAAUAAUCUUUUGUUUAAGAUAAAGCUCUCUUGAAGAAAUAACUUAUUUUUAACGAGACAUUUAUCCAUGGAAGUAUGGAAGCUCACUGUCAAGAACGAGCUUAACUUUCACAAAUGAUAAUGGAAUAUUUCCUAAGAGAUAGAUGCUUUUCCUUCCAAAUAAACUUAUGUGUUUGCUGUGUGUGUAUAUUUUGCUAUUUUCUAUAUGUUUGAAAAUGGGGUGGAACUCCGGAUGUGAUCAUGCUGAUGCAAAUUAUGAUGUCGGGAUGAAUUGCGCCCAUGCCUUCCUGUGAAAUAUGUCUAUGAAUGAUUGAAUUGCACGCGUGAAACGGAUGCUGCACCGGUUGCACAGAAGCCAACAUGUGUGGAUGAUCCGGGCAGAUGCUUUUCAAGUAACAAGGAUGAUGACGACGGUCACCUGAUAUAUCACCAGGGCGACAUGCUGCACUCCAGAUGUACUAAUUUUUCUUGUUUCAUUCAGUAACUGGUAGAUACAUGUUACUAAAUUAUACUUCCUUAGCCUUGGAACUUGUUCUCACCUUCUAGAAAUGAGUGGCUGGUAAUUUUACUGUACUAUUGGCCACAGUAUUCUUGUUUGCAUUGUGAAAUGUUGAUCACUGUGCUUUUAUACUUAACCCUAUGUAUAACUUCUAUUGGGACACAGCAUAUAUUACUAAAACAACUAAAGCUGUAGUAUUUGUUCAAUUUUGAUUUCCUUUGAUAAUCUGAUCAUGGGAUAAAGAUCAAUAUGGAAGUGCUUCUUUUCUCAAUAUUUGACUUGGUUGUUUGGUUUUCUUUCAGAUGAGAUUAACACACUGUUAGGUGAGGGAACAUUUGGGAAAGUCUUGGAUUGUUAUGACAGGUUAGUUUGUUGUGUCAGUAGAGUUUAAGAUUCUAGAAAAACUUCCUUGUUUGUUUCUGUCAAACCUGAAGAACCUUGGGCAUUGGAACCAUGGUUGGAUUGUUUAUUUGGUGAGAGGAAGAUUAGAGAAACUUAAAUCAGGUGUAACAGGAAAACUUUCCCAUUUUUAGUCUUCACAUUUUUCAAAUGAGUUUGAAAGUAACAUUCCAGCUUCAUUUGUCUGACACAGGCUCCUUAAUUGAGUCAAAUCAUCCAGAGAGUUUUUGACAAGUAUUGUUUUUAUCAUACAUACUGCCAAAAUACAGCUGUGUUGGGGAGGGUAGUGGUCUGUUACAACACUUAUAUUCUCAUGAGAUGGAGCUGUAUUUAAAAGACAAUAAUUUUGUAUUGACAGAAAAAGUAAUUCAUAUGUUGCUGUGAAAGUGAUCAAGAAUGUUGAAAAGUACAGGUUUGUGCAUAACUUAUUCUUGGGAGUGUUCAAAUAUUUUAGCAAGGUUUGUCUUGAAAGAGCUCUUCAACUCUCAAUUUUAAUGAGGUAUUAUGUCAAAUAAUUAUUUUAUAGGGAAGCUGCAAAACUAGAAAUCAAAGUACUUGAAAAGAUCCAGCAAAGAGAUAGGAAUGGCAGAAGGUGCAAAUGUUUUACUUUGUUUCACUUUACUGUUUUUGUUCUUAUAUAAGAAAAAGUUUCAUGUUAACCUCUCUUAUGUGAUUUGGUCUCUGGGUGUUAAUUUUGAACAUAAGAAAACUGUGAACCAGAAGAAUGAAAAGGAUAUUCUUAUUUUUCACCAAAAAAGAAGCUUUGAGAAAUCAAAACUGCAAGCAACAACACUUACCAGUUUGUUGUUUGUUAGUGUGUCUAGAACUGAUUCAUGAUUGGUCAGCAUAUGAUUGACACAUUAGAGUCACAUCAAAAGAAGGAUUUUGAUUUUCACAGUUACAUGGCAGUCUCCAAUUGAUAGCCAAGUUAAUUUUACCACUAAUCAAAUAGCAGUUAGAAAGUGAAGAAAAAUAAUUACAUUGUAGGUUUUAUUUCCUUGCAAUACAUUGUUCAAUACUGUAAGACCCUCACAAUGGUAAUGAUCAUAAUCACUGAAGAUACCUUGUUAUAUAGUUUUAAAAUGAUCUUCUUUUCAUUUCUUUCAGCUUGUGUAUUGUGUUGCUCGACUGGUUUAACCAUCAUGGCCACAUGUGUCUUGUGUUUGAGAAGAUGGGUCUGAGUGUGUUUGACUUCAUGGUAAUUGAGAAGCUUCUGUUUCCCUUUGAGCCACAGCAUAAUUAAAUGUUUUUAUAUAGUCUUGGUUAACAACUUCCUCCUCACAUGGACAUAGUCUUGGUUAACAACUUCCUCCUCACAUGGACAUAGUAUAUUGACUCUGCUGAUAUGAAUCCUCUUUGUUCAGUGACUGACCAUCCAAAUUUUUUGUUUUAAGUACAUAUGUUUUUCUGCUUGAUUUUUUCAUUGUUCCAUCCACAUUAAGUUGUUCAUAAAUAAAGCUUCCCCAGUUUACAAAUGAUUUAUUAUUUCUAUUAUCUCUGAAUUAUUAACAAACUAAUAAAGGGGGUAAGUUUCUAAAGAAACUGUGAUGCUGUGUUGGUGGGAGAGUAUGGCUGGUAAUUUAGUGUUAACCACUGACUUGAAAACGUAAAUUGGCCAUGUUUCGAAUGUUAGCCCUUUGUAAAUCACUCUGACAAAGGGCUAAUGCUCAAAAUGUCAGCUUUUUUACCCUUUAUGGUGGCCAAUUUACAUUUUCAACUCAGUUGUUAACACUAAAUUACCUAUUAACAAACAGUGCCCACUUGUUACUUGUUGUGACUACCGUCAUUUUCUUUGACAUCAUCAAACCUUGUAGACCCUGUGAAUCUCAUUAAAUUUGCUUGGUGGUUGAGCAUUAAAUAAUGGACUGGUAGGUCACAAGUUCAACUGUUGUGUGUAGCUCUUGGGCAUACCGCUGUCACCAACAAAAAAACUUUGUGCAUCUAGUUCAGACAAUUUGCUAAAUUACUUAAAUCAUUGCCUUCUCUUAUUAUUUGUAUGAAUAGAAGGACAACAGUUAUGAACCUUAUCCACUGGAACAAGUCAGACAUAUCUCCUACCAACUUCUUGUUUCAGUAAAGUGUGAGUAUCUAAGGCAUUGAAUUUUAAGUACUGGUUUGAAUCCUGCAAUUGGCUUAUUUCCAGAUUUUAUGCCUUGUACAUACAAUCAUUAUUAUUAUUUAUAUAUAUAUAUAUAUAUAUAUAUAUAUAUAUAUAUAUAUUUACUGGUUGUUGAAUAGCUUUUGGAUCAUUACUCACCGAUUCACACAAACUUAUUCAGUCAGAAUAAGUGAACUUUAAAACUAAAAACUAUUUACAGUCAGGAAUCUUCAGAUAUACAUUUAGACUAGAGCACUAUUGUUUCCCCUAACUUUCUGGCUUCCAUAGCCAAUCAGCUGUACUGAUCACACGGGAGUAUAACCCAAGAGUUUUGUUGAUAUAUAAUACUUAUUUCUGAUGAUUGAUUUUUAGUUCUUCAUGAUAUGAAGCUGAGUCACACUGAUCUGAAACCAGAAAACAUGCUGUUUGUGAAUUCUGACUGCAAUGUUACAUAUAAUCCAAGACUGGUUUGUAAACAAAGUUUUGCUUUCUUGUUAUGUACUAAAAUUAGAUUUGUGUAAAUAAGGUUGUUAAGAAAGUCCAUCAGAGUUUUUAUGAACAGGUAUUUUUAACCCUUACAAUAAUAUUUUGUUGUUGUGGAAAUAUAUUUGUUAAUGUUGUUGUUGUUGUUGCAGAAACGAGAUGAGAGAGAAGUAAAAAGUUCAGACAUGCGUCUGAUUGACUUUGGAUCAGCAACAUUCGAUCAUGAACAUCACAGCACUGUUGUUUCUACAAGACACUAUCGUGCUCCUGAAGUCAUUCUUGGUAAGCAGUGUAAUCAGAGCACAUGAUAUGUCAGGGACUCUUCGUCUGUUGUGUUAUGUUGUGGACUAUUCCUCAGUAGUGUUAUGUUGUGAAAUUUCUUUAGUUGUUUGCUUUUCGUUUUCCCUUUGAGUUAGUGCAUUGGGUUAUUUGGAUGGACUUGGUGACAUGCUUGCAGUAAAACUUGCCAGGGGCCUUGAGUAAUGUCUCCAGUUCUCUGUUGAUUCACUUGAUUUCAUCAACAAGUUUCAUUAUCUAAAAUCCUAUUUUUCCUUUUAUUCCUUAGAGCUUGGCUGGUCGUAUCCAUGUGACAUGUGGAGUGUCGGUUGCAUCAUGUUUGAACUGUACACCGGCUUCACUCUCUUCCAGGUAACUUCACUUAACAGAAUACAACUUUAGUAUUGAUUUUGAUAAAGUAAUGACUUCAUUAGAAACACUUUAAAUUGUUCAUUUGUCAGAGGAGAUGAUAACAUAAAGAUGACCUAUGGUGAUGUGAAUAUAAAUCUAGUUGUACCAUACAGUAUUAUAAUAAAUUGCCUCUUUGGAGUUAACUAUUGUGAGAAUUGUCCAUGAAUUUGCUCUGUGUAUUUCUGAUAAUUUAUAGUUAAAUUUUACUUUAUGUUUGAUUGACUUUAGACUCAUGAAAACAGAGAACAUCUUGCGAUGAUGAAGAGAAUAUUGGGUCCUAUACCUUCCCAUAUGGCUAAAAAAUCUAGGUGAGAAAAAUUGUGAUGGCAACAGUAACUUAAUAUUAUUGAAUUGCAAAUUUUGGGCUAACCCAGGGUAAACUCUAAUAAUGAUGAGCCCAUUAAGUUCAUGUGUUGAAUUAAUCGUUUGUUUAUCUUUUCUGAUUUUAUUCUUUUGAUUCUUUUAGAAAAACCAAGUACUUUUAUAAAGGUAAACUAGACUGGGACGAAAGAAGCUCAGCUGGAAGAUACGUGAGAGAGAACUGUAAGGCGCUUAAGGUACGCUACAUAUUUAUCACUUGUUACUUAUGCGUUUGACCAAACAUCUGACUUGUAACUAAUAGAAACAGACUUGUGCUUCCCUGACCAAGAUAGGAAUAAUAAUUAAGAAUAUAAAUUCUGCAUUGAGUUUGUUUAGCCUGGAGUUUAGAUUGAAUAUAUACGGUUAAACUGUUUUGUGUGAUGUCAUCGGCAGGAUGUGAUGGCGAUUGUUUUUAUUUUGUUGUUGUUUUCAUCAGAAAUACAAACGUGGAGAUGGAGAGACACACGAACUGUUCUUCAACCUCAUCGAACAUCUGUUAGAAUACGAACCUGAUCGCCGGUUAAGCGCCAAGGAAGCCAUCUGUCAUCCAUUCUUUUAUGGAAUGAUAAUACAUUCGUCAGUAAACAGACAUUCACACAGCAAGAGUAGAUGACUAUUAACAAGGAAAAACACAAACACUCGGGCAUACUUCGCUCGCACGUUAUUCUAUUACGCUCUACUUUUUAUUUUUCUCCUUUUCUCCUUUGCUACUUCCAUGUAGCUGAAAACGUUUCGUUAUUAGAAAAGCGGUGAAGUAAUAAGCAGUAGACUGAAGCGUUCACGAGUACUGUAUGUUUACCCCCACUACCUCCCCUCCCCCGUGACAAAUAAUAACAAGGCAGAAUUGUUAAAUAAUGAUUCUAACGAGAGCUGCGAUAUUUAACACUUCACAUACAUGAUGUACAUAACGGACAUAAUAAUCAUACAAUGUAAGAUGGUAGUUACGAAAAACUGUCAGCCAGUGUAUUGGACAAGUCAUUGGCGAAUCUUCCGACAUAAAUCCAGUUUUCAACCUAUUUUU